AUGUUCUUGAUUUCUUUUGUCUCACUACUUGCCCGGUCGCACCCGAAACAGUCGAGUACCUUCGUAUGGGUCACAUUUAUUAACGAAACCGGCUGGCCUGACGGAGUUUGCUUCCUAUCCGGACUUUCUACAUCCUGUUAUAUGUAUAUCGGCCUGGAUGCCUCCAUGCAUAUGGCGGAAGAAUGUACCGAGCCAGAACGAACAGUACCCCGGACGAUGUUAGCGGCGAUUGGAAAUGGGUUCGUCACUGGGUUCGCCUACACCGUUGCGUUGCUCUACGGAAUUACAGAUAUUGGAGUAAUGAACGCGGACGGUUCCACUAGAUGGAUCCCUUAUCUUCUCAAUGUUCAGAUUUUGCGAUCAACAACAAUGGCCAAUGCAUUUUCAAUACUCAUGGUGAUCGUGGGGGUGUUUAUCAUCAUUGCUGUGCAAGAGACCUCUAUUCGGCUGGCAUGGUCCUUUGCGCGUGAUGAAGGCCUUGUCUUCUCAAAGUACCUGCAACGGGUUCAUUCCAAACUCGAUGUCCCUAUUUUUGCACUAAUUCUCACCUGGUCUCUGGUGUUUAUUUGCGGUCUGAUCUAUCUGGGCUCCGCCACAGCGGUGAAUGCGCUCAUUGGAUCAGCCGUCAUUCUUCAACAGCUGUCAUUUGUGAUCCCUGUUGUACUGCUGCUAUACCAGAAACUGUCGAAGCGAUUUUUGCCGACAAAGCGAGCUUUCAAGCUACCUGAGAUCCUGGGUUGGCUGGCCAAUAUAUACGUUGUGGUGUUCACCAUUGUCACGCUCAUCUUUUUCAAUUUCCCCAUUUUCGUCCCAACCGACUCUUUUUCGAUGAGUAAGUGA